AUGCUUGCGUGCUGGGCUAACUGGGCUUUAAGACUUGGCGCUCCCCGUUGUAUUGUUUCAACGGAAGUUCAUUUUCUCCGAACGCUGCGUUGCCUUUGUUCACAGAUUCUGUUGGCCACUGCAGCCUCCUGGUUUGCCUUCCAAUGCAUUAGGAAAUGCCUUGAAUCUGCCAACAUCCAGGCCGUCAUCCCGCCACGGAGUAAGAUGUUUACCGAGGUCUGA